AUGGUGCUCGCGCAGCUGGGCGGGAGCAUCGCCCGCGCGCUGGCGCGGAUGAAGGACGCGACCGUCGUGGACGAGAAGGUGCUCGCGGACUGCCUCAACGAGAUCUCGCGCGCGCUCCUGCAGGCCGACGUCCGCUUCGAGACGGUGCGCGACGUCAAGGCCAACAUCAAGACCAUCGUCAACCUCGACGCGCUCGCCGCGGGCACCGACAAGCGCCGCAUCGUACAGAAGGCCGUCGUCGGUGAGCUAUGCAGAAUGCUGGAUCCAGGGAAGCCGGCCUUCACCCCCAGCAAAGGGAAGCCCAGCGUGGUCAUGUUCGUCGGCUUGCAGGGUUCUGGAAAAACCACUACUUGUACAAAAUAUGCAGAUUAUUAUCGGCGGAAAGGGUUUAAUCCAGCACUUGUUUGCGCCGAUACAUUCCGAGCUGGUGCUUUUGAUCAGUUGAAACAGAAUGCAUCAAAAGCCAAGAUACCGUUCUAUGGAAGCUACAUCGAAUCAGAUCCUGUGAAAAUUGCUGUUGAGGGUGUGGAUAGAUUCAGGAAAGAAAAGUGUGAUCUCAUUAUUGUUGAUACAAGUGGACGCCACAAGCAGGAAGCUGCUCUCUUUGAAGAAAUGCGCCAAGUUUCAGAGGCUACGAAACCAAACCUAGUGAUAUUUGUGAUGGAUGGUAGUAUUGGUCAGGCUGCAUUUGAUCAGGCACAAGCAUUUAAACAGAGUGCUUCUGUUGGUGCUGUUAUUGUUACAAAAAUGGAUGGGCAUGCAAAAGGCGGAGGUGCACUUAGCGCGGUUGCAGCUACAAGAAGCCCGGUCAUAUUUAUUGGAACUGGAGAGCAUAUUCCAGAUUUUGAAGUCUUCGAUGUGAAGCCAUUUGUUAGUCGCGUGUUAGGCAUGGGAGACUUGUCUGGCUUGAUGGACAAGAUCCAAGAUGUUAUGCCUGCUGAUGAACUUGUGCCGAAGCUGACUGAAGGAGCUUUCACUCUCAGACUUCUGUACGAGAUGUUCCAGAAUCUCCAGAAUAUGGGUCCUCUUGGGCAGCUCUUUUCUAUGAUACCUGGUCUUAGUGCCCAGUUUAUUGAAAAAGGAAAGGAAAAGGAAGGUCAAGCAAAGAUUAAGCGGUACAUGACUAUCAUGGAUUCCAUGACUCAAAAAGAGCUUGACAACACGAACCCAAAGUUGAUGAACGAGUCGCGGAUCAACCGUAUCGCUCGGGGAUCUGGCAGACUCGUCAAGGAAGUGGUGGACAUGCUGGAGGAGCACAAGCGAAUUGCCAAAAUGUGGAGCAAAUUGCCGAUCAACAACAUCAGGAGACCUAACAACCGUGACUCAUUAAAGCCGUUAGUCAAUGCGCUCCCUCCAAAUAUGCUGAAUCAGCUGGGUGGCCUAAAUGGGCUGCAGAAUAUGAUGAAACAGAUGGGUUCUCAGAAAAGAUGAGCAGAUUAAACCUAUGAAGUCACGGGUGGCAAUCGUUAGUCUUAGAAAUAUAGAUAGGCUGUGAAUACUCUUGACAACCACUAAGAAUCUAAGCUUUCAAUGUAGCGUUUUGUUGGAGUAAACCUAUACCUUAUUUUGGGAUUACCUCUGUUGAUCCUCUCAUGUCAAGUGUUGCCUGGUGCGCUUGGGAUGUACAGAAGAAUGCAUCUUUCUGAAAAUGAUCACCCUAUUGCGAUGCAUUUUCAUUUUUUUUCUGUAUUA